CACACGAAGUUCCAAGGUGACGAAAAUAAGAAAAAAUACAUAAUAAUAAGCCUUAGCUAGCAUUGACCCAUUACAAAAUCAACUAAACACAAGACAGAUUAGCUAGCUAGCUAGCUGCUUUACUAAUGAAAUAGAUACAUAAACUGAAUUCUUACAGUAACAAUACAGUAAUAACAAUAUACAAUACAAAAUACAAACUAGUAAGAUGCGAUUCUGUUGCGCAGCGUCUAUUAUCUUAAAUAUUUAUUUUACGUAAUAAUACAUAGGCAAAACGUAUUCUCUUUUUAUCUUUUUGACACUACUUCCAUAUAGUAAAACUAUUACCUUUAGCAUUUUAAAUACGUUAUUAUACGUGUGUACAAAUGUGUAACAAUAUGUACUAUAACAGCUGUAUUUGACGUUAAGGCAUCAAAGUGCACCCCUUUGUGUAGUGAUGGUACAUCCAGGAAGCAGAUCACCACAUGUCCCGUGUUUGGGGAACUGUGCUACAUCAGCUGCAGUCCGCGACUGGGUUUUUCUGAUUUUAACGUUAUAAACAGAGAUCCCUCACCUACACUUUAGCUGGUCCGCCCGAGAAUAUUGCCCAACGGUGUUUAACGAAUGUGAAUGUUACUGCAACCUCGUCUAGCUGCUGGUACUGCACGGAUAAGUUGCGAUGGAUGUAUUGACUUUGAGUGUGAUUGGAUUCCUCUUGAUAAGUCUCCUCUUAACGGGCUAUAUAAUGUACUCUGGUCUUCUGACGGAAAUCCACAUCAGGACCGGGUCUCCUCCUAUCGGGGGCAUCACUGUAGCUUAUAAAUACAAAGAGGGGCCUUAUAAAGAAUGCGGAAUGCUGUUCUCUGAGAGUGGCAGGAUAGCCCCAAAGCUGCCGACCGUAGGUGUCUUCUAUGACGAUCCCAAAAAGGUGCCAGGCUCGAAGUGCCGCUGUGUAGUGGGCAGUAUUCUGAGCGAGGGUGACGAGACGCCUGCCACAGAGCUCCAGCAGCUGUACGAGAAGUGUGGCUUCCGGAUCUUCACCUUCCCCGAGGUCACCCACGUGGUCUCAGCCUGCUUCCCCCACCGAACUUUUCUCUCCAUCUACCUGGGAGUGUGGAGAGUCUACCCACGCCUGGCGCGUUACAUUAAGAACAGGAAGCUCUGUGCUCACCCUUUCCUGGAGAUCUACAAGGGCCGACUGAUCCACUACAUGGGUCCGCUGGCCAGGCAGGGAGACUUCUAUGUGCCUGAAGUCCAAGAGUCUCCAAGGAGACCACAGGAAGGGGAGGAGUCAGAAGAGGAAAGGAGAACGGACAUCUCAGGUGCAGACUCCUACAGUGAGUGCAGUUCGGUGAGUUACCCGCACCCCUCAGACAGCCGAGACCAGUCACGAGCCCGGGACCAGGAGCAGGACCGGGACCGAGACUCGGACCCGUUUGAGCACAGCGAAUCCGACUCGGAUGGCCAGAGCAACUCCAGUGCUUCGUCCUUCGAGGAGCUGGACUUGGAGAAGGAUAGAGUGAAGCCAGAGAACAAACACACACCUGACCACUCCGCAGAUGAGGAACUCAGUCCCCAAAAGCGAAGGAUGGUGGUAGAAGGGGAAGAGUGAGAGAGGGAGCGAGGGAUGGGAUUAAGGAAACAUAAUGGAGGCACGAAUGGGGAAGGGAAGGAAAACGAGAGAACGCUCUCUUUGGUUGUACUUUGAAAUGUUUUGGAGGUUUUUUAUUAAUAAUACCAUUUUGGAAGAGAAAAUGGUCUCUUUGCGCUUUGGUUAUAAACUGGGUAUUUUUAAAAAUAAAAAGCAUGUUCAGUGAGGGAAUAGUUUAUGUUUGAUAGGACUCUGAAAGAACGUGAACCUUUUAACUGAAAAGUGUAUUACAGGAGAAUGAAUUGUUUGCGCUUGGUUGGGUUUAAAAUGUUCCUAGUGUUUUGAGUGUUUUAAAGGGACCUUUCUUUAUUUUGACAAGUUAUUCAAAUAAGGUCAGGCUUAUCCUUGAAGGAAAUCAAUAGAAACUCCCUCAGUUUAGGGGUUUUUGAAAACAGUCUGGGCCAGGUAAUCUGGACUUCCUGAAUAUAUUGUUGUUACUGUUUUUUUUCUUUUCAACAUCUUUGCUGUUUAUAUUAAGUAAUGUCAUUUAAAUUAGAUGUUUUGCUUAUGGUACUGAUUUAAAUAUCUUGAUGUCUGAGGUAUCGUUGAUAUUUCCUUAAAAAUGUUAACAUAAGAUAAAGCUGAUUAUUAGUAAAUGCUUGAGUGAUAUCUUUUUCUAGAUGAUUCUAUUAUAUAUUAAUGUUAUUUUUUGAGAAUUAGUGUUCUGCAGCAUAUAAAUUAUUCAUGAAUAAAUAAUUAGAAGUGCAGGGGUGAAGGGGAAACCCCAUUCCAAUAGUCUUCCUUGUAAUCAAACAAAACAAUACUUGAAUUAAAAAAAAAAAGCUUUUUUUUCUGUGUACCAUGUAAUAUUUGUUCAACAAAGCCAAGUAUUUUUUACUACAAAUUCCACAAUAUGCAGUGUAAUUUAAAAACACAUUACAGUAAGAUACAGAUUAUAGAUGACAGUCAACAUUACGCUGAGGGCCAUCUUAUUUUAAUCGCCAUUUAUGUGUACAUGUUUUGUUUUGUUGUAGUUUGUUUAUUUUUGUCUUAGGUGGUCAUAUUGAAAUUCACUGAAAUUCCUUCUGCUGUAUUUCUGUUUGGAGUUAAUGUUUCAUUAUGUGGUCCUUUUCCACCCAAAAUAUGACUGGCAAUAUAUAUGGCACUAUUUUAGGUGCUGCAUUGGAACACGCACUCAAUGUUUUUCAUUAAAAAAAAUGAGAAUUUC